UGAGAACAACUUUAGAUCUGUUUGCUAUGUUUACAUUUAGUUUUACUGUAGAAGCUGAAAAGAAAUACUUGCUAGACAUGGCUAGAUGCAGCAUGACGACAUAUUAAAGUGUUUAUCUGCUACAUUUGUCAAGUUAAAAGAAAUAUUGUCUUUACACCAUAGAUGCUUUGCUAACAUGACCAAAACACACAGCAGUAAUAUACUAAAACCCGGAAUUGUAUGUUUAAAGUUCAAACAUUACAGAGAUAACUUUAAAAAUGCAAAAACAAUAAAACAAAUACAGUAUAUACAUGAGAAACGGGAUGAAGCUACUAAGGGAUGUAAUGGGGAUGACUUUGCACGGGGGGGAAGGGAACUGGGAGGGCUGGUUUUAAUGUGUGAUGAGAAAAUGUUUGUAAUUCCAGAGGAGAACAGGUUGAGCAGGCUGUGAUAUCACAGCUUUGGUCAGCAUUGUAUGUGCUUCCUUUUUGCCAGAUACUCUUUGUCCUUCGUCCCAGGUAGGAUCAAUGCUCUGAUAAAUCACACGUUAAACUUUUUAAUUAGUGGGUAAGGACUCCAUAUUUUUGGUGGUGGUAAUUGGAGAGUAUGUUUUCAUAGUUGAAGCAGGUCUGUGCUUGUUUGGACCAGCCUUGGAGACUUAGAUGUGUUUUGUUCACGUAAGGGUAAAGUACCAUGUGAGUUGGAUCUAUUGAGUUUUAUUUAGCAGGUGUGUUAAAUGGAUGAUAUAGUUCAUUUUAGGUGAAGUACAUCUUCAUAUUUUAUAUUACUUGUUUUGAGUGUUGCAUGCUGUAAUAAGACUGUUAUUAUAAUAAUAUAGUUCCAUGACCUACAAUAUUUAAAAGAUGAUUAUUUCACAGCAAUUCAAUCAGAAUUAACCUGUUCUAAGCAAAUGUUUUCCUUGAACCUGUUGGACUGUAAAUGGUCAAGGUUUUAACAUUUUUCUCGUAGUACCAGAACAUGGUGAAACCCCACAGUUCUUUGUGAUUUUUGUAUUUCACCAAAAUAAAUUUAGAUUUAUAUGUAUAACACAGAGUUUAUGGUUGUAUAAUGAGAAAACAGACAGGAUAUAUGAUUUGUUUUUAUAACAUGUAAAGUGUGUGUGUGUAGGUGUGUGUGCGUGUGUUUUGUUUUGUUUUGUAUCUGUCGCUUUAAACCAGUGGUACUCUGGUGAGAGUUUUGACUUGUGAAUACUCGUGAUCCCCAAACAUGACGUUGCAUUCUUUAGCAGCCUGAGGGAGGAGAUAAUAUUUCCACUGCUGUAUCAGAGCUGGAGACUCAUCGGCUUUGUUGUGACAUGUGACGUCACACAGCUCCCAGUGCAAAGAGCCUAACAGCUAUUUAAAGUACCCACUGUAUUUACAACUGACUUAUCAUUUUCAUGAUCAGCAUACACAUUGGGGUACAUUCAGCACUAGUUUAAACGUCCUGUGGGUGAAUUUAAAUAGCUGUAGAAUAUGUUGUAGACUUAGAAAAAGAUGACAGAUCAUUUCAUGUCAACAAAAGAUACUUCUUGCCCACUGGGAGCUGGGAAAGGCUGUAGCCCCUAUGCAACCCUAAACUGGAUUAAGCAGGUUUAGAAUGAAGGAUGGAUGAAGAGACCAGUAGCCAAAUAAAGAGCAGAUUAAUAUUAUUUAUUUUAUUUUAUUUAAUUUAUACACAACCUCUCAUGUUAUCUGUGCAGUAUGAGAACAGCCAUUCACAGAGCAACCAAACAAACCUGUUUGCCUCACUGAAUUUCUUGUCACCAUGGCUGCUUUUCCUUUUUGAGAUGUUCCCAAAAACAUUUAGGCUUUUUUUUUGACGUAGGCCCACUAACUGUUUUUUGUCAUACUGGCUUUCUUAGCAAAAAGAAAAUACAGAAAAUGUGCAGAAGGCUGUCAUGAAACGACCCUAUCAGAAUACCAUGCUUGUAUAGUGAAUAUGUUUACUUGAUCAACAUUACUGUUUUGUUUUUUAAUUGAAAAUUUGCAGCUGAAUCCAGUCAAAUGGUACAACUUUGAGUCAGAAGCUAUGGCCCACAGUUUUGGAUCCACCCUAAACACAAACUCAUGACUUCUUUCACAGCUUAAUAUUUAACCUUUCAACCAAAUUCCAACAGAUUAUAUUUAUAAAUUCCUGAGAUAACCUGCAAAGGAGAGAACAAAAUACUUUGUAAAUGGUAAUGGUGGUCCUUCUUUCAAUAACAAUUAUAAAAUAAAAAAAAACAAAAACAAAAACAAAAACAAGAAAGAUGUCCCAAAGAUGCGUACUUAGACUUACUUUGCUUUUAUCUAGAUCUCUGUUUGUCUUCCUGUUAAUGGAUCCUCCUUCGUAUCAGGAGGCCAGUCGCCACCCUCCUGCUCAGAGCACAGAGGGACUUAACUUCUCCGGUCCUCCUCCUUUGGCUUACAACACCUUUGCAUCCCCCACAACACCUCCUCCUUCCUAUGGAGACACAGUCCAACGAGAUCUGUUUCCUGUCCUGAUUCCACCAUCUGUGCCAGCUGUUGAGCCCCCACGAGCCCAAGAUGCUGGAUUCAUAGUCCAUCCAGUUUCACAAAUUGGAGUGACACCACCUGUCAGGAGCACACGAGUUCAGACAGUAGCCGUUGUGUCCCAGCCGCAGCCCGUCCCCAUCUUGGUGGAAUAUCUGAGGGACAUUCCUGGUUUAGUACACUGUACACAUUGCCAGCAACUCGUCACUAGUAAAGUCAAGUAUGUGCCCGGGGCGGCUGCUUGGUGCUCUUGUGUCUUCCUUGCAUUGAUGGGGCUGUUCUGUGGUUGCUGCCUGAUCCCAUUAAUGAUAAGAGGAAUGCAAAACGUGAUUCACUCCUGUCCACAUUGCGGAAAGCAACUGCAUGUUUAUAAAAGAUGACAGUGCCAGGAUUUGUAAAGCUGCUGAGAUUCUGAGUCCUCUUAUGAUCUCAUUACAUAUUUAUGUCACAAAAUGGGCAAAUUAAUUUAUAAGCUGUAACUGCAAGCAGCUCACUCUGAUAUAAGUGUGCUGUGAAAGCACAGAGAGGCUGCUAUAUUUAUGUCAUUAUCAUAUUUUCACUUAAGAGCACCAAUGGAAAUUCAAACUCACCAUAUCUGCUUAUAUGUAUAAAGGAACAAGCAUCAGGCUGAACAGGGUUCUUCAUCUCUGGUCCUUAAUGGCCACUCUUACAGAUUUUAGCUGGUUCCCUGCUUGCGCUCACCUGGCCCAAAUUAAAAGCUCAUUAGCAUGCUUUUGCAGAAUUUUGAGAAGUAUGAUUAAUUUGAAUUGUGUUGAAGCAGGGAAACAACUAAAAUCUGCAAGGCAGGGCCCUAAAGCAGUGUUUCUCAUGUUUCCAGCUCCAUCACACCUGAUUCUGAUUAAUGUAACUGUUUGUCAAAUUCUUUGCAAGCCGGUUAAUGAGCCAUUCAUUUCAUUCACGUGUUUUGUAGGGCAUAUAUAUAUGCAGAGCAUAAGUAUAAAGGACAAACUGACAACAAUGCUUCAGCACUUCGAAUUAAUUGAUUAUAAUGAAGGGGAGAAAAACUGAAUGUGCCUCUUGAUGAGCAGUCUGCAUCAGUGAAAUGUGAGGAUGUUUUACAGAGCUGCACACUCUGAGGACAUUUACAAUAAUCUGUAUCUGCUUUGUUGUUAUUUUGUUAUGCUCUAGCCUGAUUACUGUAUUUUCUGUAUUUUGUUUUUUGUGUGUGUGUUUUGAAUUCUGUGUUUACAGCAGAUAUUUAAUGUUCAUUAGCAACAUUUUUUCAGAAUAUUUGAGCACAAUAUCUUUAAAUGAACAGGAUUUAAUUCAUUUUGCUGCCUAAUAUUUCUGUGUUGUGAUUAAUAAAGUUAAACAUUUGUUGA